CUUUUAUCUCAAAAUCAAGCACGAUGGCCGGUAGAAUUUCGUUGAAAACUCCUAUUUUCGCUAAGCGCACCAGUGUUAUGUUGGCUCCGCCCCCUCCUUUCAGUCAACCAAUCAACUUCAGUUCUCUUUCCGCGCGGGAUUUUGUAAAUAUUUUGUUGGCGGUAAACAACAUGUGAAGUGUUCCCGCCUGAUGGAGGCUUUCAUGUUGCGAAUUUGGGGGUCGAAAUUUAACAAAUUUGGCGUGUUACUGAGAGUUUAGGUAACUUUAUUAUGGCUGGAAAUGUGUUAGAAAACCCGGCAAUGCCGGAUUCUAUGUUAUAUCCUUGGAAUUGGGCCGAAGAUGCCCGAAAAGCGGAUUUUGGUAGCCCGGCUAGCUCAUGCGGUUCUCCGGACCUCGCUUCUGCCCGCUCUGAGUUGAAGAGGGGCAGGCCACGGGCAGAUGCUAUUACAAAUUUGAUGAAACAAGGUACAACUUCUCCGAGCUCCAUCAAGUGCCGUUACUGCAACAGAGUGUUCCCUCGCGAAAAAUCUCUUCAGGCCCAUCUACGGACUCACACCGGUGAACGUCCAUAUGUGUGUGACUAUCCAGGUUGCACCAAAGCUUUCUCUCAAAGUGGUCAGUUAAAGACUCAUCAAAGACUUCACACUGGAGAAAAGCCUUUUAAGUGCUCUGGACCAGGAUGUUUGAAACGAUUUGCCCAUGCCAACCGUCACUGUUCUGCACACCCUUAUGCAACUUUAGCAAGAUGUGAUGAUUAUGUUUUAAGACCGAAGGUUGCUAAUGCAGAUCAAGCCUCUGAUGUUAUGCUUUGGUUUGAGAGGUAUUGUAAAGAUAGGGAUGAACGGACACCCUGUAAAGUAAAUGAGAACUCAAAUGGAAAAUCGCGGAAGAGAUGUAAUAGCAAUAAUUCUCCUAGCAAAGCUGUUCCUGACAGUGGAGAUGUAGCCCCUGGAUCAAAGUCUCGAGCUCGCAAAGGGCUCAUGGCCGAAAUUGAACAACAAGAAAAUAGGCUUACAUUUCCUCAAAAUGUACCUUUUGCUCCCCAUACUCCUAACAAAAAUCUGGCCAAUGGAACAACCACAAGCACUCCUCAGUGUGGAACAUGGUCUACGUUUUCCCCUGGUUCAGACACUGAUUACUGUGAUUAUCUUGAUAGCUCAGUGGAGGUUGAUUCUGCUCGCAAGACAAGCGAAGUAUUUAGCACUAGAAAUAAUAACACUCAACAGUCAUCACCCAUCUCGUCCCGCCUCCAGCAACCAAAGAAGCGCUGGCUUCGUGCAGCCUGCCAAGAACUUAGUUUGUGGGAGGAUGCAGACAAGCAGGAACUUGCAAGACCUCUGAAGUGGGACAACAUUGAAGAACCGUCUCCAGCAGCCUCUGCAGAACCUCUAAGCCAAAGCUGCAAGGUAAUGCAGCCUGAUUUAGCAAACCUUGGUAGGCCAACAGUGCUGAUGUUAGCUGGCCGCGACACAAAUGUAACUCCCACUGUACUGCCUGGAAAGACAGAAGAUAAGAAACUUAUGGGUGCUCUUGCUCUUAUGCAGCUCUCCAAAGUACAGGCACAAGAGGAGGAACGUCAUGAAAUUGAAAACAGCAUGCCUAGAACAGUUCCAAUGCAGUACCUUCAGCUAUGAAAUCAUUUCUUUCUCAUUUCAGCUCAUAUUCCUGUAUACUUCAUUCUUUAAUGUUUUCUUUUGUUAUUUCUGUAAAGGAUUUGAUCAAGAUUUUAAUUAGAAUCAAAGCUUUAAGUUGAUACUUGCACAAUUCCUUUAAUGAUCUGUUAAUACUUAGUCAUAUUUUGUAUUGCUCUUAUCAUUGGGGUUUUUAAUCAAUAUUUUAUUUUUAUUGUGCAGCAAUUUAUUUGCAAACCUGCUUGGUUUGUUAUGUUCCAUUGUGUUUUCUUUGUGCCAAGAUUUUGCAUGAAAUCAAUUGUAGUGUAUGUAUUGUGCCUUUACAUCACUUUGUAAUUGGAGAUUUUAUCUACUUACCUAUGAAACCAAAUGUGCGGCUGUAGGUGUUUCUCCUCUUAUUUCAUUUACUGCGUGGUGAGCCAUGAUAUAGUCAUUCCAGUUGAACUGAUGUUUGCAGUGAAGGUAGAGUAGUUACAAAGUAUUAGAGACAGGUUGCUAUAGUCAUGUGCCUCCAGCUUGUAUACUUAAUUUCCUUUAUUAGUCAUGCUGCCAGUGAUAUAAUUGUAAUUUUUUUCAUCUGGUUAUUCCUAACUGUGCCUUUGAAUCAUGUAGCAUCCACUGCAUUUUGACUGAUAAUCUGUUACUUAUUUUACUGCACGCAAUAUCUUCUGUAUAAACCUCCGAUAAGGGAGUAAGUUACAUAUAUGGAAUCUUGUUCUGCUUUUUUUGUAUGUAACUACAAAUGAACUUUACUGUGGUUUUCUUAUUGCGUUAUUUUCCAGUUAGUCAACCACUUUUGUUUCUUCAACAAGAAUUGUGUUGAAUGAUGUAUUUUAAUUGAACUGUAAAUUGACAUUACUGUUAACAUAUUAUUUGCUGCGUGAGGAGGAUAUAUUUGUUGAAUUUUUAAACAAUUCCAAUCCUUUGUGCCCAUCAAAUAAUGUAGGUGAAAUUUCAAUCUAAUGCUUUUUGGGCAUUGAUCCCGAGUCUUAGAUUGACUCGUCACCAAUGAAAUCUAACUUGUUGUAUCUUAUAUUUUUGGAUGAAUGUGGUUAAAAUGUGGCUGUUGACAUCUUCAAACUUGUUGAUGAGUUAUCACAUAGUUUAAAUUUUUAUGUGGCUGUUUUGAACGGGUAGUUAUUAAUUAAUGUGACUCCUACCCUGACCUUCCAUAAGAAAUCCUCAAUUUUGGUUAAUCUGCUAUUUUUUCAUGUUACAUGAUAGCAGAAUGUUGUGUGAUAAUGUAGAGUUGAGUUUUAAGGUGAUGUUACCAAUUUAAUAAAAUAAAUGGAAAGCUUUUA